AUGUGUUUUGCCUUAAAAUUAAACAAAUACAUUUGCAGUGACAAUGACGAGACCAUAAAGCCAAUCGGGCGUAGCCUCUAGAAGACGAAGAAUAGUCGCUGGUGCACAGUGAUUGGAGAGUGGUUAACACGCUAAACUGUAGGGAGUUGAUAAAUGAUCUGCGAUAAGCCGAUUACUGAUUAACAAGCUGCCGAGUGCAUCAGUACAGAAAUCGAAGAAAAUGGAGCAAAAUUGUAAAUAAGACAAUUCAAAAUUUCCUUCUCUAUCUUUCUGCCAAUAUUGCUCUCUGCAGCAUCUCUACAUGUUUCUGAGGCGAUUACCGUUUUGCUUUUCUCCAUAUCUCUGCAAGCGACAGAGACGCUGACUCUCUUCCAAGGACUCUCACCUCUUUUAUAUGCUUAUAUACAAAAUAAUAGACACCAUCUAGCAGCAAACCCUUUCAUUAUGCGGCACCUCCGUGCAGCAAGAGCAAGAGCAAGGAGAUUGAUCAGAACCCAACAGUAUUGAUUUUCUCGUCUAGUUAAGGGCUUAAGGAAGUUAAAGCAUGUCUUCUCCACCAUGGAUUACCUCCCUCUCUUGCUCAAGCUCUAUUGUUCAAUGUUCUGGGGACACAUCCCUUUCAUUGAUAUUUCAAUGGUUGAGGUUCAUAUUCCUCUCUCCUUGUCCUCAGAGAGCUCUACUAUCUUCUGCUGAUCUUUUGUUCCUGCUUGUUCUCCUUGUGUUUGCGGUUCAGAAGCUCUUUUCUAGAUUCACCUCCAGCUCCAUCUCUGAAAUCAACAAGCCCCUUAUUGGAAACAACAGAGCUCAUAUUACAACUAACAUCUGGUUUAAGCUCUCUUUGAUUGCAACAGUUCUCUUGGCUUUUGUUUACACUGUUAUCUGCAUUCUAGCAUUCAGUGGAAGCAAACAAUUUCCAUGGAAGGUAGUUGAUGGGCUGUUUUGGUUAGUCCAAGCAAUAACUCAUGCAGUGAUUGCAAUCCUGAUCAUCCAUGAGAAGAGAUUUCAAGCUGUUACCCACCCACGUUCUCUUCGAAUUUAUUGGGUUGCAAGUUUCAUCGUCAUUACUUUGUUUAUGUCAUCUGGGAUCAUUCGUUUGGUUGCUCAAGAGAACAACCUUAUAGCGGAUGAUGUAGUUUCUAUAGUUUCUUUUCCUUUAUAUCUUGUUAUUCUUUCUGUGGCCAUUGGAGGAUCAACAGGGAUUACAGUAAACAGAAGAUCUGAACCAGUGAUAGACGAUGAUGAAACCAAAUUACAUGAACCUCUUUUGGGUAAAUCCGACGUAAGUGCCUUCGCUUCAGCUUCGCAUAUAUCUAAGGCCUUUUGGCUUUGGAUGAAUCCCCUGCUGAGUAAAGGCUACAAAUCUACUCUCAAGUUAGACGACGUACCAACUCUUUCACCCGAGCACAGUGCAGAGAAAAUGUCUCAGCUUUUUGCUUCCAAUUGGCCUAAAUCGCAUGAAGAAUCUAAGCACCCUAUCAGGACCACAUUGUUGAGGUGCUUUUGGAAGGAAAUUGCUUUUACCGCUUUCGUUGCAGUUGUGCGGCUCUGUGUCAUGUAUGUUGGGCCUAUUCUCAUCCAAAGUUUUGUGGAUUUUACUGCCGGGAAAAGAAGCUCCCCCUAUGAAGGAUACUACCUUGUCCUGACUCUCCUUGCUGCGAAAUUUGUUGAGGUUUUAAGUCUCCACCAAUUUAACUUCAACUCUCAGAAACUGGGAAUGCUUAUAAGGUCUACUCUCAUCACUUCUUUGUACAAGAAGGGCCUGAGAUUAUCCUGUUCUGCUCGUCAAGCUCAUGGGGUUGGACAGAUUGUGAAUUACAUGGCUGUUGAUGCCCAACAACUCUCCGAUAUGAUGUUACAGCUACACUCUAUAUGGCUGAUGCCAUUGCAAGUUGGUGUUGCUUUAGUGCUCUUGUACAAUGCACUUGGGGUUUCUGUGAUCGCUGCAUUGAUUGGAAUAAUUGGCGUUAUUGUGUUCAUCGUGUUUGGCACUCGAAGAAACAAUGGAUUCCAAUUCAAUUUGAUGAUAAAUCGUGAUUCAAGAAUGAAAGCAACAAAUGAGAUGCUUAAUUACAUGCGUGUUAUCAAGUUCCAAGCAUGGGAAGAACACUUCAACAAACGAAUCCAAAAUUUCAGAGAAUCAGAAUAUGGAUGGCUUUCUAAGUUUAUGUACUCAAUUUCAGGCAACAUUAUUGUGAUGUGGUGCACUCCGUUGGUGAUAUCAACCGUUACAUUUGGUGUUGCUCUUCUGUUGGGAGUGCCACUUGAUGCUGGGACAGUAUUCACAACAACAUCUAUCUUUAAAAUCUUGCAGGAGCCUAUCAGGACCUUCCCACAAUCUAUGAUUUCACUUUCUCAGGCGAUGAUAUCUCUUGAAAGGUUGGAUCGUUACAUGCUCAGUAAGGAAUUGGUGGAGCAGUCGGUGGAAAGAGUGGAGGGUUGUGAUGGUAUAAUUGCCGUGGAGGUUAAAGAUGGUGCUUUUAAUUGGGAUGAUGAAAGUGAAGAUCAAGUUUUGAAAAAUAUAAAUUUCAAAAUCAAGAAAGGGGAACUUACUUCUGUUGUUGGGACUGUUGGAUCCGGGAAGUCCUCUCUCCUUGCCUCAGUUCUUGGUGAGAUGCACAAAAUAUCAGGAAAGGUCAGGGUUUGUGGAACAACAGCCUAUGUUGCUCAAACCUCGUGGAUUCAAAAUGGAACCAUUCAAGAGAACAUCUUAUUUGGUUUGCCAAUGGACAAGGAAAAAUACAAUGAAGUCAUAAGGGUUUGUUGCUUGGAGAAAGACUUGGAAAUGAUGGAUUAUGGAGAUCAGACUGAGAUUGGAGAGCGUGGCAUCAACCUCAGCGGUGGGCAGAAACAGCGGAUACAACUUGCCAGGGCUGUUUAUCAGGAUUGUGAUAUCUAUCUUCUUGAUGAUGUUUUUAGUGCUGUUGAUGCACAUACCGGAUCUGAUAUAUUCAAGGAAUGUGUGAGAGGAGCACUGAAAGGCAAGACUAUCUUACUUGUAACACACCAAGUUGACUUCUUGCAUAAUGUUGAUCUUAUCAUGGUCAUGCGUGAUGGAGUGAUAGUACAGUCGGGAAAGUACAACGAUCUAAUGGAGUCUGGCAUGGAUUUUGGAGCACUAGUUGCUGCCCAUGAAACUGCUAUGGGACUUGUAGAAGAAGCUGGAGCCACAAUACCUGGUGAAAAUUCUCCCAAGCCACCAAAGUCUCCUCAUGCCCCCUCCAACGUUGAGGAAGCCAAUGGUGAAAACAAAUAUCUAGAUCAACACAAGUCAGUCAAGGGAACCUCAAAGCUCAUUGAAGAAGAAGAAAGAGAAACUGGUAAAGUGGGCCUGCAUGUGUAUAAACAAUACUGCACUGCAGCUUUUGGAUGGUGGGGUGUUAUAGCGGCAUUGUUAUUGUCAAUAAUAUGGCAAGUAUCUCUAAUGGCUGGUGAUUAUUGGUUGGCAUAUGAAACUCGUAAGAACGGUCCAUUGCUUUUUACCCUUCUAUGUUCAUUACUGUCUAUGCAAUUAUUGCGGUUAUUUCGGGUGCUGUUAACGAUGAGAGCAUUUUUCAUUACAAUCAUGGGGCUUAAAGCUCAAAUUUUCUUUUGGGGUAUUCUUAAUGACAUCUUGCAUGCACCCAUGUCAUUCUUUGAUACCACACCUUCAGGACUUGUUUUGUUCUUUUCGGCAUCAUCCGACCAAUCCAAUGUGGAUUUUUUCAUUCCCUUCGUUUUGGGCCUUACAGUUGCCAUGUACAUCACACUGCUUAGCAUCUUCAGUAUUACAUGUCAUUAUGCCUGGCCAAGCGUUGUCUUAGUAAUUCCACUGGGUUGGCUGAACAUCUGGUACAGGGGAUAUUUCCUUGCAACAUCUCGAGAAUUAACUCGCCUUGACUCAAUCACCAAAGCUCCUAUUAUCCAUCACUUCUCUGAAAGCAUCUCAGGAGUUGUGACAAUUCGUUCUUUCAAUAAGCAGGAGAGAUUCUCUCAGGAAAAUGUUAACCGAGUUAAUGCCAACUUGCGUAUGGACUUUCAUAAUAAUGGAUCAAAUGAAUGGUUAGGUUUUCGUUUGGAACUGAUUGGGAGCUUUGUCCUCUGCAUGUCUGCUAUGUUCUUGAUUGUGUUACCUAGCAGUAUUAUAAGGCCAGAGAAUGUUGGUUUAUCUCUCUCCUAUGGGUUGUCCCUCAAUGGUGUGCUGUUCUGGGCCAUAUAUAUGAGUUGCUUUGUGGAAAAUAGAAUGGUUUCUGUUGAGAGAAUUAAGCAAUUCACAAAUAUUCCAUCCGAAGCAGCGUGGGAGAUAACAGACCGGGUUCCUCCUCCAAGCUGGCCUGCCCAUGGCAAUGUUGAUCUCAAAGAUUUGCAGGUUAAAUAUCGUCCGAACACUCCUUUGGUUCUCAAAGGUAUUACUCUCAGCAUUUAUGGAGGAGAGAAGAUUGGUGUUGUUGGACGUACAGGCAGUGGAAAAUCAACUUUGAUCCAAGUUUUCUUUAGGCUGGUGGAACCAACAGGAGGGAAAAUAAUCAUUGAUGGCGUAGACAUUUGCAGGUUAGGACUCCAUGAUCUUAGGUCUCGCUUUGGGAUAAUUCCUCAAGAACCUGUCCUUUUUGAAGGAACGGUGAGAAGUAACAUUGAUCCUAUCGGACAACAUACAGAUGAGGACAUUUGGAAGAGUCUCGAACGCUGCCAACUAAAGGAUGUUGUGGCUGCAAAACCUGAAAAACUUGAUGCUUCUGUGGUUGAAAAUGGUGACAAUUGGAGUGUGGGUCAAAGACAGCUUGUAUGCGGGAGAGUAAUGCUAAAGCGCAGUCGGCUGUUGUUUAUGGAUGAAGCAACUGCUUCAGUUGAUUCAAAAACUGAUGGUGUAAUUCAGAAGAUUAUCCGAGAGGACUUUGCAGCUUGCACAAUUAUCAGCAUUGCUCACAGAAUACCCACAGUCAUGGACUGUGACAGGGUUUUAGUUAUAGAUGCAGGAUGGGCAAAAGAAUUUGAUAAACCAUCUCAUUUACUUGAGAGGCCAUCACUCUUUGGAGCACUGGUUCAGGAGUAUGCCAACCGUUCAGCUGGAUUAUGAUGAACCAGGUUUUUUUUUUUUCCCUGCUGCUGCUAAUCUUGUGAAGAACACAACCUGAUUUGCUCAAGAUAUCAUUCCACUUAGCUUCAAAAGAAGAUCCUUCUCAUUUAAAUGUACCAGAAAAUUAUAUCUAAAUUUUCACUUCCCAUUAUACUUUGAUCGUAAUGUAAUGAUCAAAUCAUAGAAAACAUGAUUAGUGUUAUUGACAGUUAAUGCAAGUAAACGAUGUUAGCGUCUCUCAUCUUUGGAAGAACAUCAAUUAUCUAAUGUACCAGUUCCAAUGAUCAAUAUAUUAUUCUAGGACUGCGUCAUCUGGAA